AUGCAUGAGGAUAUCUCUCAUUCUGGGAAUGGCGGCAUCUAUGGCGAAGCCCUGCUCGACCGUGCCCUACAAGGCUCCAGCGCCAUUACAGGAUCGUCUGCUGGGAUCCCUGGAAACACCGUUCUAGCGGCAGAAAAUCUCAUUCUUCCAUGGGGCCCAAUCACAACGGUUUGGAGGGGGGUAGGUGAUGUCAGUAUGAGCUUGGCCUUACUACAUCACCUAUCCGAUGCGCUUCCUGUUGCUCUGGAGCUCGAUAUUCCCUUCAAUGCAACUGGUGAAAGCACAUCAACCAUUCGGUUCAACCCAGGCAACAAUAUCUCGAGUUUUGAAUAUACGCAGUAUGCCAUACAGCUUACCAAUGCCGCCAAGGCCCCCAAUUCUAGCAAUACAUUUGCCAUCACGUUUGACGCCGCGGAGGUUGCGGGCAAUCCGUACUACCUCUUCUUGGUGAGUAUCUUCCCAGAAACCUUCAACGACCGCGCCAACGGCAUUCGACGUUAUGUAGGCUCAAAGGUUCUUCGCUUCCCUAGAGGUAAUAAUCUCGAAGGCCUGAGUGUUGACCGGCAUUGGAAAUGGAACGAAACAAUUGGACCCUUGAAAGAUCGCAAAGGCCAUUGGAAACUGGGGAUAUGUGAAUACUAA